AUGCCGAUAGCUACUAUUCAAGAGGUGGAGGUAUUUGACAUGUGGGAGAUUGACUUUAUGGGGCCAUUCGUCAGCUCGUAUGGUAACAAAUACAUACUGGUGGCAGUUGACUAUGUCUCCAAAUGGGUUGAAGAUAUGGCUCUCCCAACCAAUGAGAGCGUUCGCACGGCUGUUGGAAAGUAUGGAGUUCGCCAUAAAGUGACCACACCUUAUCACCCACAGUCGAGCGGGCAAGUUGAAAUGUCAAACCGGGAAAUCAAAAGUGUCCUAACCAAGACAGUGAAUGCGACAAGGACUGAUUGGGCUAAAAAGCUGGAUGAUGCAUUAUGGGCAUACCACACAGCAUUUAAAACUUCAAUCGGUAUGUCACCACAUAAGUUCGUGUUUGGAAAAGCAUGCCACCUUCCGGUGGAGCUUGAGCAUAAAGCCCUUUGGGCACUAUGGCAGUUAAAUUUGGAUAUGGAGACCGCAUGUACCAGUAGAGUUACUAAGUUACAUGAACUCGAGGAAUUCAGGUUCCAUGCAUUUGAGAAUGCAAGAUUGUACAAAGAAAGGAUGAAAAUGAUGCAUGAUAAACUUAUUCUAGAUCAGAACUUCAAACCCUAA